GAAAAGCCCGCUGGAUCCUCCACUGACCUGCUGUUCUUUCCUGCUUUCCUCUCGCGUUUUUUCCACAUUUAGAUUAAAAACAAAGCCCUCACUCUCUCUCUUUCUCUCUCUCCCUUCUCCCCUCCCUCCUUCUUCUUCUUCUUCUUCUUCUCCCUCUUCUCCUUCUUCUUUUCUGCGGCAGCAGUCAACGUAGAGGCUUCAGCGUGUCAUAGAGAGGUUGAAGAGGAGGAAAAAGCAGUGAAGACGACUGUUUGGACGGAGCACAGUGUGUGUUUAUGUUUGUAUGUUUCGCCAUUGGACGGCCGGGUGAAGGGGCACGAGGAGAAGAGGAGGAGGAGGAGCAGGAGAACAGGGGAGCCUGCCUGGAUGAAAUUCUCUCUGUCAUGUCACUACGUGUGGACCUUGACUGAUCACAGGGUGAGGAAAAGAGAGAGACAUUGAGAGGAAGACGAGGAGGAGGAGGAAGAGGAGAGAGAGAGCGGAGGACAAACUGAGACUUUGGUUUCACUGGGAAAAGAAGAAGGAUCCAGGAGGAGGAGGUUAAGUCUGGUGCUCCGUUUUAUCAUGACAUUGUGGGAUAAACGAACCAACGGACUGAGCACUCUUCAGUUGUGUGUCAACAGGAAUUCGCCUUAGAAGACAGAGAGAAGGAAAGCUGGGAAGAAAAGGAGGAAAGAGACUCUGGAAGAGUAAAGACUGCUGUGUUCAGCCCAGCUAAGGAGCAAAGACUGGACUUACUGAGUGUGUGUGAGAGUGUGUGUGUUUGGGGGUUUGUGUGUGUGUGUGUGUGGCUGUGUAACCGGUGGAGGGCAGAGGAGUGGAGGGCCAGGGGACUAACCUGGCCAUCAAACGGACUGGCAGCCUCUCCUCUCCUGGGAUCAUGUACCCUCAGGGCAGGCAUCCGGUCCCCUUGCAGCCCGGCCAGUCUUUCAAGUUCACAGUCCUGGAAACUCUGGACCGUAUCAAGGAGGAAUUCCAGUUCCUUCAGGCUCAAUAUCACAGCCUGAAGCUGGAGUGUGAGAAGCUGGCCAGUGAGAAGACUGAGAUGCAAAGGCACUACAUCAUGUAUUAUGAAAUGUCCUACGGUCUCAACAUUGAGAUGCACAAACAGGCGGAGAUUGUCAAGCGUCUCAGUGCCAUCUGUGCUCAGAUCAUCCCUUUCCUCUCUCAAGAGCACCAGCAACAAGUGGUCCAAGCAGUGGAGAGAGCCAAGCAGGUCACCAUGGCAGAACUCAAUGCCAUUAUCGGGCAGCAGCAGCUCCAGCACCUGUCUCACCAUGCCCCUGGCAUCCCCCUGACACCACACCCAUCAGGCUUGUCGCUGGGCGCAGGGGGCUCAGGGCUUCUGGCACUGACUGGAGCUCUGGGGGUCUCAGCCCACCUUGCGUCCAAAGAUGAGCGCAACCACCUCGAUCCUGAACAUCUUCGAGAGGGAGCACCCAGCAGGAGUAAGUCAGUGUCAUCAACAGACAGUCAACCCGCUGAGGAGCGCCAGGGCCCAUCAGGAGGCUAUUCCUCCUCGCAGGGAGGAGCCGAGGCCAAGAGGAGGCGCUGUGAUGACAAAGAUCCUCUGCCACCACACUCCUAUGACAGUGAUGGAGACAAGAGUGAAGACAAUCUUGUGGUGGAUGUCUCCAAUGAGGAGCCCAACUCUCCUGCAGGCAGCCCUCCUCACUCCCCCCACGGCAACGGGUUAGACCGGGCUCCUACCCUAAGGAAAGAGCUCCCGGGCUCCUCAAGCACAGGAGAGGCCCCUUCUACCCCUAACCCCCACAGUCCCACCCCAGGCAAGGCCAAGGAUCCUGCACAGAUGGAUAAGUCCCAGUCUCCACUGUCUAAGUCUGGCACCCCGUCCCCGUCCCACCGUGAGGCCCUUACCCCUGGAGGACCAGGAGCUCCUGGUCCCAGCACCUCCUGCCUUCGUCUGGUCAGCAAAGCACCAACCAGUGCAGACCCCCUUGCUCUCCGCAGUCCCAUGUCUGUGCCCCCCGGGUCAUACCCGGCUCAUUUUGGCGUGGUGUCCCACGCAGGACUGAAUGGGGAGCUGGCCAGCCCAGGAGGUUUUGGUGGGGCUCUAACUCUCUCCCCACAAAUCAGCGCAGCGGCCAGCGCCUACUCCCGAAGCCCCAUGGUGGCUUAUGACUCUCGGUCUCACCUGAGAGCAUCAGGGCUGCCCUCCUCUCUGCCUGGCUCCUCUGGUGGAAAGCCCGCCUACUCGUUCCAUGUCAGCGCAGACGGCCAGAUGCAGCCCGUGCCCUUUCCCCCUGACGCCCUGCUGGGCCCAGGAAUUCCUCGCCACGCCCGUCAGAUUCACACCCUGAGCCAUGGAGAGGUGGUGUGUGCGGUCACCAUCAGCACCUCCACGCGCCACGUCUACACUGGAGGAAAGGGCUGCGUCAAGGUGUGGGACAUCAGCCAGCCGGGGAGCAAGAGCCCCAUGGCCCAGCUGGACUGCCUGAACAGGGAUAACUACAUCCGCUCCUGUAAAAUUCUCCCUGACGGGCGAACCUUGAUCGUGGGCGGAGAGGCCAGCACGCUGUCAAUCUGGGAUUUGGCCACACCCACUCCUCGCAUCAAGGCGGAGCUGACAUCGUCUGCUCCCGCCUGCUACGCUCUGGCCAUCUCCCCUGACAACAAGGUCUGCUUCUCCUGCUGCAGCGACGGCAACAUCGUCGUCUGGGACCUUCACAACCAGACGCUGGUCAGACAGUUCCAGGGCCACACAGAUGGAGCGAGCUGCAUCGACAUCUCCAACGAUGGCACCAAGCUGUGGACGGGAGGGCUGGACAACACAGUCCGCUGUUGGGACCUCCGAGAGGGACGCCAACUCCAGCAACAUGACUUCACCUCUCAGAUCUUCUCUCUGGGCUACUGUCCGACAGGCGAGUGGCUGGCUGUGGGAAUGGAGAGCAGUAACGUGGAAGUCCUGCACGUCUCCAAACCCGACAAGUACCAGCUGCACCUCCACGAGAGCUGCGUUCUCUCACUCAAGUUUGCCUACUGCGGCAAGUGGUUUGUGAGCACAGGGAAAGACAAUCUGUUGAAUGCAUGGAGGACGCCAUAUGGAGCUAGUAUUUUUCAGUCCAAGGAGUCCUCGUCUGUGCUGAGCUGUGAUGUCUCCCCAGACGACAAGUACAUAGUGACGGGCUCCGGGGACAAGAAGGCCACGGUGUAUGAGGUGGUGUACUGAGGGCCGGGACGAGAUGGCAAGGGACAGGACGGAGACAUUGGGGUGGAUUUUGGGGGGUGGUGGAGGCACAUCCAGUUGCCCUGCCAGUUGCUCCCAGUCCUCAUUACAUCAGCAGCAGCAGCAGCACCUCCGUCUCAGUCCUCUUGAGUCCUCCUGACCCUCACCCCUAAUACAUCACCCCUCUCCCCCUUUUUGCUGUGAUAUAAGCUACUGUGGAAGCUCCCAAAUGCCCCUUCCCCUCCUCCGCCUUCCACUUUUAGCCCAAGGAUGAGGCAUGAUAGCAUAGAGAGAGAGAGAGAGGCAGAAAAGAAACAGCAAGAUAAGAAGGACAAAGGAAAAGGGCGGUGGAGCAUAAAGAUAAAGUCGGGAGGGGAAAGACGAGAAGGAGGAGUGUGAGCAAGAGAAGGAAGAGAAAUGAAAGGGAGGAAGAGGAGGUAGAGGAGAAGAAGGAGGAGGAGGAGGGAGGCAGGGUAAUUAGGGCUGUUUCCUGAUUAAGAGCUCAGUGGAAGGGAGGCCCCCAGAGGAGGCGCGGAGCAGCGCUGUGGGAGCGCCAGCCAGGAGCACUGAUACCACACAAUCGAUUCAUUAGCCAGACAGUGGAAGCCUUAAUGAGGCUGACGCCGCAGCUCACUCUCCCCAGCGAGAGGUGUCAGGAGCUAGGGAACGAUGACGCUCUGAGAUGGAGGGAGGGGGCGCUUCAGAUAUCCACAUACACUGACAUGAAACGGAGACCUGCUCACACACAUACAAGGUGCACGUCAUUGAGCCAGAAUACACACACACACACUUGGAUACACCCCCUUGAGGUAAUCGUAGGAAGAAAGAAAUACACACACAACACACAGAGCACCCAAUUAAACAUUCAUCGCCUCUCUCCCCAUCUUACUGCUUAAUAUCUAUUUUAUUUUGGUCUGACAAAGGCAGCAUCUAAUGAGCAGCGGAGUCAAUGGGAUUCUCCCAGGGCCGAGAGACACAAACAGAGAACAUCAGGCAAGCUGUUCCCUCUAAUUCCUCUGGAUUGUUCUCCUGACACCGGGCGCUGCACUCACUCUCAUUAAAGGCACUGUCAGCUAGAUGAAGUAGCAGCAUGGCAACUUCACUGUAAGGCAGACAAGAGGGCAAAUUAACACCACCCGAUUACGCUAUCAUCAGCAGCCAACUAAGCAGCGACUAAUCCUAUUCCUGUCAAAUUUUAUGCAACUAGUUGCUGUUUUCAUUUACAAACCAGAUGAGAUUACAUGUUUAUCGGAGCCAUCUCUGCCUGCCUGCUGAUGCGUUAGUGUUCAAAGUGUUCUGGCUAAAUCUUCUUUGAUAAGCUAUUGAUUGCUAUUAAUUGAGAUGCUAAACACCUUAAAGGAAAAGUUUCACAUUUUGUGAAAUAUGUUUAUUCACUUUCUUACUGAGAUUUAGAUGAAAAGAUUGAUACCACUCACAUGUGUGUAUGCUAAGACUAAAGGCAACACCAGCAGCCUGCUUAUUUAGUUUAGCAUAAGGACUGGGAAAGAGCUAGCCUAGUGGUAAAUGAAUGUAAUAAAUUCCACCUAUCAGCUCAUCUGAGCUCACAACAUUAUAGGUUGUUUGUUUAUUCCAUACAAAUGCCUAAGUGUAAAAUUAACCAAUCAUAUUUUGGUUGGGACCAGUUGCCUGGCAACCGUAGGAGACUCCACAAAGUUACUGGUUCUAACCAAGAAACAGUCCCCCCGUAAAACUGUGAUUUGCCUUUUUUAGGGUUUACUUUUUGUGGGGUCAUUCAACCAACAAAAUAUAACAUUUUAAUCUGUGUGCUUUAGAGGUGCUGGUUGGUGGAUUUUCUUUUUUUUUCACUUUCAGAUGGAGCCAGUUUAGCUGUUUUCAAUCUGCAUGCUAAGCUUAGUGAACCAGCUGCUGGCGAGCUUCAUGUUUAGCAUACAGGUAUGUGGGUGGUAUCUUCUCAUCACACUAAUUCUAGGCACGAAAGUGAAUACACAUAUUUCCCAAAACCCUUUUCUCUAAACCUGAUUCUUUUCAUUUCUCCCUGUAUCAUACUCCAAACUGGCAGGCAAACUGUAUAUCAGAGCUCUCUGCUUUUGUAGAACAUGCAUCACCAGUGUGUAGACUUAAAAAAAAAAGGCACAUUUCAAGCUUUUCUUUUAUUACUCAUUUAUUUCAGUAUUUUUUAUGAAUAGUGAUUGCUCGUCUUAUGAUAUGUUUAUGUAUUGGGGUUGCCUAUGACUGCGUUCCGGGUUUGGGAAAGCAAACAGAGAGGGAUGCACUCACACAUGGAGACAUACAAAAAAAAAAAAUUUUUUUCUAUUUUUAUCCUUGGUGGUGGUGACAGGCAGAGGGCAUACAACAUCAGCAAACCCAUGUGAUGAGAAAAAAAUCAGAACCUCCAUUUGGGAGAAAAGUUCCUCUGUCUACUGUUUGUUGUUUUUGUUUUAUUCCCCUUUUACAAAAGUGGUAGUGAACGUACUUGAGUCUGUUUUCUGUCCUUAUUGUGUAAUUAUUCUACAUUUCUGUUGAGUCUGUUGUCAAUGUACAGCAGGCAUCGGCUGCAACAUGACGAUACAGAUUUAGCCAUCAAAGAGGUCCCACCUUAUACUGCAUGCUUGCUGAACUGAAACUCCACUCAUGCUGAGAGAACGAGAUAAAUCAGAUUUUAUUCCAUAGGUACAAUUAAUGGUCUCACUUUCAUAGUUUUACAGAAGGAUGAAUCUUACAUUACAGUAUGCAGUUAAGUUCAGCUUUAAAAAGUCAAGAUGUGUCCAUGUUUCUCGCUGCAGUGCUAAUGCAGGAUAGAAUUAUGAGGGACUUCUACAAUGGCUACUGUACCAGCGAGGAGUCAGAGAUCAUCUGUACAGUUUAAUGCCUUUGCCUGUCUCUUUCCCUUUCUGCCUGUCAGCCACAGGCAAACCUAAAUGAUAUUCUCAUACACAAGCUUGUAUACUACUCAGAAUGAUGCUGUAUAAUGGCUAUGCAUUUGGUGGUAUAGCGUGAAUAUCUGGGGACAUUGUAUUUGAUACUCUUCUUUAACUGUCAGUAAUGCCUCUCCCCUGCCUGUGCUUUGUAUGUUUCAACAAUAUAAAAACUUUUUUCCCUCCGUUUUUGUUUUACAAGCUCAUGUUUAGUUUCUCUUUUAAAAAGCCAAGGAACUUUUUUUUUAAUGCACUGUGUCUUCCCUCCUGAUGCAUUUCCCAUGUGCUGUACAAGAAAUACUAUGUGUGAUAAAUAAACCAAACUUCUGUUCAUCCUUU